AUGACUGCUCUCCAGACCUCAGGAGGAACAACUACAGCAUGGAGAAAGGUGGUGGAAAAAGCUAUUCACAACUUCUACUCAGAUCUCUUCGACCACGUCCACUUGCGUCCUCACCAUCUGAGGGAAGAUGGACAUGUCAUUCCAAAAGUCCUCCCUUCCGAAGUCCGACAUGCCAUCAUGUCGGUGAAGAAUCAUACUUCACCCGGUCUCGACAGAAUCAAGUCUGAACAUCUGAAGUACCUACACCCACUCCUCAUCAAUCGCACACUGGCGAUGCUCUUCACGUUAUCUAUCGUGACGUUCCUAAGCAAUGGAAAAGCCGUGUUGUUGCAUAAGAAGGGAGGCCCACAAGACAUCGGCAACUAUCGCCCAAUCUGCUUACUGUUUGUCAACUACAAGCUCUUCACAACAAGUAGUCCUAAACAGGAUAGAAAGAACAUUAGAUGA